AGUUGCGGCCAGCCGAGUAAAGUUAUGUCCGAAAAAGAGGGCCGUCUCAUGCGUUUGAUCGAUAUACGUUCCCUCCCUUUAAACCAACGUCAAGUCUUGGAUCGACCCAACAGUGUCUCAUUGUCUGGAGAAAACUGAGACUGGCCGAUAAACACUGUUCGUCUCAACGAUGUUUGUGAAAUAAACAAAUUAUGGAGAGCUCGGAUAACUUUGGAAGCGAAAGAAAAGGACGGCGCGGGGAGUUAGACUACCGCUACGACUUUCUCUUCCACUGGGCAGCUGAAUCUUGCUCCAUCACCAAGCAAGAUGUUAUUGACAGCCUUCUGCAAGAAACCUGGGUUAGGAAUAUUCAUGAUUUCGUCUUGAAGGAUACGAAAAGGACGGUGCUCCUUUUUUACCAAGCAUUUCAAGAUCAAAACUUGAAGAGUCGAGUCGAAAAAUCCAACAGACUCGUUGCUCCGAAUAAAACCUUGAUUGUCGUGAGUGAAGAGAGAAAAUAUCCUCUAGACGGCAUAGCAGUCUAUUACUUCAAACUCAAUGUCAAGAAGAUGCUGACGGAAGACAACGUUCACAGAGAUUUGAUGGUCGGAAUGUGUGACGCCAUGGAGGAGGAAUUACUGUCGAAUUUUAUCCAGCUUCUCAACCAUGUCUAUCGUCCCGCUUUGGAGAGCUUGCUUUUCUUCGCCGACGAAGGCCCGGAAAAGACGCGCGUCUACGAAGAGGUAUUGAUGGCUAUCCAGUCGCUGUUUUCGUCACUGAAAGUUUCUGAGAAUAUUCUCAAACAUGACAACACUCUGCUGGCCCAGCGACAAGUUGAUCUUGAUCUACCCAACGAAUCGAAGAAGAGGGCUGAUUUUAUGCGCCAUCCAGAUACAGUAGCCAAGGCCGAAAAAUUAGCUACUGAUUGGCUGUCUAUGAUUGAAAGGGAAAAUUGCGAAUCCGAGAUGCUGCGGCGUGAUUGCGACGACGACAGUCCUCGAGACGAAAUCGAGUACUGGAAAACGCGCAGCACCCGCUUGAACUUGAUCCAACAGCAGUUCAACAGUACACAAGUGGCUCAGGUCGUCCAGUGCCUCAACGUGAAUCGCUCCAAGUUGAUGCGACGCUGGGUUGAAGCUCUUAGGAAACUGACUCAUUGCUGCCACGAAGCUAAUAACAACACUCUUUACUUGAACGAUUUUGAGCAUCACUGCAAGACGCUUUACGUUUGGGAUCCCAUUCGUCUUUUGCCGACCAUCAAUCAACUUUUAAGUACAGUCCGAUUGAUCUGCUGUGUAAGUCUUUACUACAAUACCUCGGAGCGGAUAACCUCGCUUCUAGUCAAGAUCACCAAUGAGCUGAUUCGUUCGUGUCGGAGACAUAUCACCAGUCACGGACGUGAAACGGUAUGGUCACGACCGGCUUCUGUUGUCAAACCAUUGCUUCAGGAUUGUCUGAAUUUGCAUACCGCCUAUAGAAACGCAUAUGCAAACAUGAAGCAAGACUUGGAAUCUUACCAGAAGAGUGUUCAGCAAUCACAGCAAAAUCAGCCACAGGCGAAGGAGCAGUCUACAUUAACUUGCAGUGAACACUCGGUCUUUGGCAAAUUUGACGCUUUCUGUGCUCGGCUUCGAAAGAUACUUCGGCUCUACGACGUCAUUGACAAGCAUGAAAAUUUGUUGAAAAGCCGCAUGGAAGGCCUGUUGCAAGAAGAAGAAGUGAUGGACGAAAUUUUAAGGAGAUAUCAUGCUGCAGUCAAAGAUAUAACAUCCCGGCCGUACGACUACUUAAAUCAUCGCUUGUGCGGCUUUGAUCAGCACAUGUCAGAGUUUGAAGCUCGACUCAACGAUCUUAAAUUGUACGUUGGCAGCUAUUUGGAGCGUGCCUACGAUCCUGUAUGGGAAACGUCUCAGGCUAUGCGCUUCCUACAAAAAUUUCAGCGGAUCGGCCGUGUUAUUCCUGUUGUAUCGAUGGAGAUCAAGCACAACCGAAUUCUCAAUCAAUUACUGGCCGACAUGGAUCGGCUGGGCAGAGUUUUAGUAAAAUUUGGAGAAGAGCCGCCUAUACCGAAAAACUUCUCACCGACCACUGGAAAAAUGAUGUGGUGCGCUUCGUUGCAACGUUGCCUUGAGCUCAGGCUAGAAGAACACGCUCCAAUUUUACAUAGCGAAAUUGGCCGACAAGUAUUUCGCAAGUACAAGAACCUACUGGUCACUAUUGUUCAGUUGGGAAACAAUCAUUUACGUUCUUGGACCUUACUCAGUGCAACUGAAGUGGAGAAUUGUCUGUCUCAGAAUAUUUUAACACCAAAUGUUGAAAAUCCCCAGCUGUUUUCUGUCAAUUUCAACCCAAAAAUAACUUCGCUUUUCCAAGAAGUUCAUUGCGCCUUUCAAGCUGGACUUAGGGUUCCAGCUUCUUCAGUGUUUAUUUUCUCGCGCAAAGGUUCGCUUUUAAAGAUGAAAGAUGAGGCACAGUACCUGGUAGAAAACCACAAGUUGUUAUUGGAUUCUAUAGAUACGGAGCUGAAACCUCUUCUUUGCUGCCAUGUUCAUCAGCUGUAUUUGACACUACGCCCGGCUUCUGUGGCUCUAAGCUGGAACAUUAAGCAAUCGAAAUGGGGACGUUUCUUCGACCAAUGCCGGAAGUCGAUGGUGAAGUUCAAAUUGUUGUGUCAACGACUAGAAGAUAUUCGCAUAAAUCAACUGGAACGUGUCCUGGAUUCCCUCCGUUACUUCACUUUGUGUCCGGAAAGUGCAAGUGACAAAACUUGGAUGCCUGAAGAGUUCAUUGAAUCCGUCAAAGAUGCUUGCCGGAAAGCCACAUCAGAAAUCCAACAGAGAAAUUGGCUCCUAGAGAAUGGAGUUUUUGAACUUAUCGACCUCAUUAGAGUGAAGGAUGUAAUGAAGUUUUUCGAAAUUCCUACGGAAGCCAUUGCAGCUCAAGUGGAAUUGAAAGGACGCACAUCAUAUCCUUCUUCCGCCAAAACACCACGACCGAAAUCGAUUGGUAGUGAACGUAAAAAGGCAGAAGAAAAUCCGGAUUCGAGUCGAUUUUCUACUAAAAGUCCUCCAGCUUUUCGGCAAAAUAAGGAAAGGUCAUCAGCAAAACGAAGGCCAAGUAAUGGCGAAACUAGCCGGGGCUUACCGCCUUUGAAUCCCUUAGGCUCUGUUAGUAAACCGCCACCGGCGCCUACCAAACCAACUCAGACAAGAACAAAACUACCAAAAUUGACUAGCAAGAAAACAAGUCAAACCAAAGAGCAAAAAUCUCAGCCGACAAGCCUGCCUCCUUUAUCGGCACGAUCAAAUUCAAGCUUAACUUCCACAGGCCAGGAUUACUCUUCACGAAAGAAUUCCGUCAUCUCAAACGAAGGUCGGGAGGAGCCCAACGUGGUUCUCGUCGCCGAUUACGGGUUCCUAGUCGUCCAACUGGAGAAGGCCAUCAUUGAGUGGAAAAAGCUUUACUCGAAAAGAAUCCUUCAAGUUAUCGUGACGUGGCUUCGCUCUCAAAUUGAUCAGAUGCGUUACUCCGUUGUACCGCCACCCAAUCAUAAAACCACGGUCGUUCAACAGAACCACUCGGCUCUUUUCUUGCUUCACUCGCAGCUGAACAACACUGCAAUCGAAAUCACUCCAAGUUUAGACGACAUCCAAGACGUAAUACAUACUGCUGGAAAAAUUAUGCUAUGCGUGGCCAAAGGAAUUAAACGUUGGCAAUACCGAUCCGCGAUUGAAUCGAGAUCAAAUUUGAUGUCUGCUGUGAGACAUAAUAUCUUUGUUUCAGUUUCCGAGAACAAGGAAGUUGUGAAAGGAUUGAAUCUAUUAUCGACCUGCUUAAUUCACGUCAAAAGUACCUGCGGAGAACAGUUGCGACAGUGGGAGAAUCUCUGCAAGGAAAUUUGCUGUUCAAAUAGGCGAAUUGUCGUGAAGAACUUCGUCAAUAAGAAUCCAACGGUGUGGGACUGGGACCAGCAAUUGCGUCAAUUCCGACAACUAGAAGACGUCGUUGAAUCUCAAAAGAGUCUCCUGGAAUUCGGCCCAAUUCACGUUUCUACCACGAAAAUGCAGUCAACGUUGCUGCAGGAAAUUCAAGAAUGGAUGGAGGCCUACACUACCGUCUUGUAUCGAAGGACAUUGCGGGAUAUGGAACGGUUAAUGGUCGUAUUCGGGUUGCUGGACAGGAAGCUAGAUCGUAAAAUUCGUGACCUAGAAGACACUCGCAUAUCAAUGGACUGCCUUCGAGAUAUCCGAAUCCAAGAAGUUGAAUUUGAAAUGGCCAUCGAACUGGUCGAGGAAGCGAUUGGUAUCAUGAUGAAAUAUCAAGUUCCAUUGACGGAAGAAGAUGUUGAGCGCGUUGACGCUGUGCGGAUUACUUGGCAUCGUUUGCAGCAACGUUCCCUAGACCACCAUUGCAACCUUGUGGCCAUUCAGCCCAGUUUCCGUCAAGAAUUGCUCGAUAAUCUGACGCAAUUCCGUGUCGAUUGUACGCAGUUCUGCGCCGAUUACGACGUCGAUGGACCCAUGAUCCAGGGCUUGACUCCGCGAGAAGCUUCUGAUCGACUGCUGCUGUUCCAGAACCGUUUCGAUGCUUUAUGGAGAAGAUUGACAUCUUACGAAGGCGGUGCGGAACUCUUCGGAUUGAUGAUGCCCGACGUCCCGGAAUUGAACCGAAUCCGCAAAGAAUUGAAUCUACUCCAGAAACUCUACCGUCUCUACAACGACGUCAUCGACCGUGUGGCUGCCUACCACGAUAUCAGCUGGAACAGCGUCAACAUUGAAGACAUAAACAACGAACUUAUCGAAUUCCAGAAUCGAUGCCGUAAACUUCCUAAAGGCUUGAAAGAGUGGCCGGCUUUCGGUGCCCUCAAACGCACCAUCGACGAGUUCUCCGACUUGUGCCCGUUGCUGGAAUUGAUGACCAACAAGGCCAUGAAGCCUCGCCAUUGGGUCCGCAUGACGGAAAUUACUGGCCACGUGUUCCACGUCGAGCUCGAAGGUUUCUGUUUGCGACAAGUCGUCGAAGCUCCUCUUUUAGCGCACAAAGAAGACGUCGAAGAUGUUUGUAUUUCCGCCCUCAAAGAAAAAGAUAUUGAAGCUAAACUGCGUCAAGUGACCAACGACUGGACCACGAAUCAGCUGACUUUCACAACAUUCAAAAACCGCGGCGAGCUCCUCCUGAGAGGAGACAGCGCUGCUGAACUCAUUUCGAUGCUGGAAGAUUCUUUGAUGGUCCUCAGUUCGUUGUUGUCCAAUCGUUACAACGUUCCGUUCCGCAAACAGAUUCAAAAGUGGGUGACGGACUUGUCCAACACGAACGAAAUCCUGGAACGUUGGUUGAUGGUUCAAAAUUUGUGGGUGUACCUCGAGGCCGUCUUCGUUGGCGGUGACAUCGCCAAACAGCUACCCAAAGAAGCUAAGCGGUUCCACAAAAUCGACAAGUCAUGGCAGAGGAUGAUGGCCCGCGCUCACGAAACUUCCAACGUUGUCAUCUGUUGCGUCGGUGACGAAACGCUCAGCCAACUUCUUCCGCACUUGCAAGACGAACUGGAAUUGUGUCAGAAAUCUUUGUCGGGUUAUCUGGAGAAAAAACGGCUCAGCUUUCCCCGGUUCUUCUUCGUCUCCGAUCCGGCUUUGCUUGAAAUUCUCGGACAGGCUUCCGAUUCGCACACCAUUCAAGGGCAUCUUUUGUCCAUUUUUGAUAACACUGCUUGCGUAAGAUUUCACGAACAAGAGUACGACAAGAUUUUGGCCAUCGUCUCCACUGAGGGAGAAUCGAUCGCGCUGGAACAGCCGGUCCGUGCGGAAGGUAGUGUGGAAAUAUGGCUAAUGCGAUUGCUACAAGAAGCGCACCGUUCCCUUCACUCCAUCAUCCGCUUGGCCAGCCAGGCCAUCCAAAACACGGAAUUCAAUUUAUUGGAAUUCUUGGCCGCUUUCCCGUCUCAAGUAGGCAUUCUCGGUCUUCAGAUGCUGUGGACUCGCGAUGCUGAAUCGGCCCUGGCCGUAAGUCGAUACGACCGCAAAGUGAUGCAAGACACGAAUGCCAAAUUCUUGGAAGUGCUUAAUACGCUCAUUGAGCAAACAACUAAAAAUCUUGACCGGCUGGAACGUAUCAAAUUCGAAACGUUGAUCACCAUCCAUGUUCACCAACGAGACAUUUUCGACCAGCUGUGUCGUAGCGGUAUCCGUUCAAUCACCGACUUUGAAUGGAUCAAACAAUUUCGCUUCUACUUUAAAUCCGAACACGAUCAAAUGGCCAUUAGCAUCACCGACGUCUCUUUCACCUACCAAAACGAAUUUCUUGGCUGCACUGAACGGCUUGUUAUUACGCCGUUAACGGAUCGUUGUUACAUCACUCUGGCUCAAGCUCUACAUAUGUGCAUGGGUGGCUGUCCGAGCGGGCCGGCCGGUACAGGCAAGACGGAAACGACUAAAGAUAUGGGCAAGACGCUUGGCAAAUACGUCGUCGUGUUCAACUGUUCCGAUCAGAUGGAUUUCCGUGGUCUCGGUCGAAUUUACAAAGGACUGGCCCAGUCGGGUGCCUGGGGUUGCUUCGACGAGUUUAAUCGUAUCGAGUUGGCCGUUUUAUCAGUAGCUGCCCAGCAGAUUGCCGUCGUUCUCGCCUGCAAAAGAGAGAAAAAGAGACAACUCAUCUUCACGGAUGGCGACACUAUCGAGAUGAACCCUGAAUUCGGCAUCUUUUUGACGAUGAAUCCUGGAUACGCUGGCCGUCAACAACUACCAGAGAAUCUUAAGAAUCAAUUCCGUUUCGUCUCCAUGAUGGUACCCGAUCGUCAAAUUAUUAUCCGUGUCAAACUGGCAUCAUGUGGAUUUUUGGAAAACAUUACCCUGGCCCGAAAAUUUUAUACUCUAUACAAACUCUGCGAAGAACAGCUGACAAAGCAGGUCCAUUACGAUUUCGGAUUGCGAAACAUUCUGUCUGUAUUGCGGACGCUGGGCGCCACGAAACGACAAAACGUCCGCGAUUCUGAGAGCAUGAUUGUCAUGAGAGUUUUGCGUGACAUGAAUCUGUCAAAACUGGUGGACGAAGACGAGCCUUUGUUUAUGUCCCUCAUCGGCGAUCUUUUCCCAACUACGGCUCUGGAAAAAACGAAUUACGCCGAGCUGGAAAAUGCCAUCCGAGAACAGGUUAAAGCGGCAGGGUUAAUAAUGCAUCCUCCGUGGCUUUUGAAAUUAAUCCAGCUGUACGAAACGCAACUAGUACGUCACGGAAUCAUGACGUUGGGACCGACUGGUUCUGGAAAAACCGCCUGCAUCCAGAUUUUGAUGAAAUCCCUGAGUGCUUGCGGUCAGCCCCACCGCGAACUCCGAAUGAAUCCGAAAGCAAUUUCAGCUGCUCAGAUGUUUGGCCGUCUAGAUGUUGCUACAAAUGAUUGGACUGAUGGCAUUUUUUCGGCCUUGUGGCGCAAGACCCUGCGCACUAAACGUGGCGAACAUAUUUGGUUGGUACUCGAUGGACCAGUCGACUCCCUUUGGAUUGAAAACCUCAAUUCUGUGCUGGACGACAACAGAACAUUGACGCUGGCCAACGGCGAUCGCCUGCCAAUGUCUCCGUACUGCAAAAUCAUCUUCGAGCCGCAUAACAUUGACAAUGCUUCGCCCGCUACAGUAUCCCGAUGUGGAAUGGUGUACAUGAGCUCUUCUGGCUUGGAUUGGCGCCCACUGCUUGCCGCCUGGCUUUUGAAAAGACCUACAACUGAAGUAGAAGUUCUUCGCAACAUAUUUGAAGAAUCCUUUUCGCCAAUCUAUCAGUGGAGCAGACAAAAUUUGAAGUACAUGAUGGACGUCCUUGAGUUCAAUAUUAUCAACCAGGCUGUUUGUCUGCUUGAAGGUUUGAUUCCAAAUGAAGACAACGACCAUAAAGAAAGUACUUACGAAAGAGGGACGUCAGCUCUAGGAGCGGUACGUGACGGCCCACCGCUAGAAGUUCCAGAAUUAGCAUUGGAUUUAAAAGUACUCAACGAAGCUAAUGAUUCCGGUUCAAAAAGUGGAGUCACACCCAGAGUCACGCGGAUUCAAUUGGAACGACUUUACGUUUUCGCAGUCGUCUGGGCGAUCGGAGCCUUUUUAGAGAUAGAUGAUCGAAUAAAGUUAGAUGCAUUCCUCACAACGCAUUUCUCACACCUGGCUUUACCUCCCAAGGAACCUGACAGCGAAGAUACUGUCUUCGACUUUGUCGUUGGGACUGACGGUGAAUGGGAUCAUUGGAGAAAUCAUGUUUCAACAUUCCAGUACCCGGAAACAGCCACGAUUGACUUUGCAUCCAUGCUAGUCCCCAACGUGGACAGUGUCCGUACCGAAUAUCUCUUAAACACCAUCGCAAAGCAAGGAAAACCCGUUUUGCUGAUUGGAGAACAAGGGUCGGCCAAAACAGUGAUGAUUAACGCCUACCUGAAAAAGCAUAAGAGCGAUGACAAUCUCAUCCGCUCUUUGAAUUUCUCGUCGGCCACCACAACAUUCCAGUUUCAACGAACGAUUGAAGGAUGUGUAGAUAAACGAAUGGGCAAUACCUAUGGCCCACCAGCCGGGAAAAAGUUGACUGUUUUCAUUGAUGACGUCAAUUUGCCACACGUUAACGAGUGGGGAGAUCAAGCAACCAAUGAAAUUGUGAGACAACUCUUGGAGAUGAAAGGUUUUUACUCGCUGGAAAAACCAGGCGAUUUCACCCAUAUUAUCGACCUUCAUUUCGUCGCUGCUAUGAUUCAUCCAGGUGGUGGUCGUAAUGACAUCCCGCAGAGGCUGAAAAGACAUUUCUGCAUCUUCAACUGUCCUUUGCCUUCAAACUCGUCCUUGGAUAAAGUCUUCGGUACCAUCGCAUCCGGUCAUUAUUCAAUCAAAAGAGGAUUUUCGCAAGAAGUCCGUGAGCUGGUUGAAAAACUCGUGCCACUUACACGACUCCUUUGGAUGUCUACAAAAGCGAAAAUGUUACCUACUCCAGCAAAGUUUCAUUAUAUUUUCAACCUACGAGAUUUGUCUCGCAUCUGGCAAGGAAUGAGCAGUUUUCUGUGCAACGUCAUCGAUAGUGUUAGCGUACUCAUGGCUGCCUGGAAACACGAGGUUACGCGAGUUAUCGCAGAUAGAUUUACUGUUCAAUCUGACAAAGACUGGUUUGAGAAAGAACUCGUCUACCAUGUUGCCAAAUACCUGGGCGAUGAGUUCGUUGAAUACGUGCAAGAAUCUCAGUACUUUGUCGAUUUCAUGCGAGACGCACCCGAACCGACGGGUGACGAAACCGAAGAAGUAGACAUGGAACUCCCUAAGGUCUAUGAACCCGUUCAGUCAUUCGACGAUCUCCAGGAACGAUUGACCAUGUUUUUGACCCAAUAUAAUGACAUGAUUCGAGGCCAUGGCAUGGACUUGGUUUUCUUCCAAGACGCCGUCGAACACUUGAUUAAGAUUUCUCGAAUUCUACGACAUCCGGGCGGCAACGUCUUGUUGGUUGGAGUGGGCGGUUCUGGCAAACAAUCACUCACCAAAUUGGCCUCGUUCAUUGCAGGCUAUAAAACGUUUCACAUCACCCUUACACGGUCCUACAAUGUGGGAAAUUUCCUUGAAGAUCUCAAAGUUCUUUACAGAACCUGUGGCAUUCAAGGUAAAGGGACGACGUUCAUCUUCACAGAUCAAGAUGUGAAAGAAGAAGCUUUCCUAGAGUACCUGAACAGCGUUUUAUCUUCUGGAACCGUAUCAAACUUGUUCAACCGUGAUGAACAAGGAGAAAUCAUCUCUGAACUGAUUCCAAUUAUGAAACGUGAAUUUCCCAAGCGUGAAUUGAAUCAAGAGAAUGUCAUGGAAUAUUUCAUGUCACGAGUCCGUCAGCAUCUUCAUAUCGCCCUUUGCUUUUCUCCGGUAGGAGAAAAGUUUCGACAACGUGCUUUCAAAUUUCCUGGGCUCACCUCCGGCUGUACGCUUGACUGGUUUCAACCGUGGCCGCGAGAAGCUCUUGUCGCUGUAGCGCGUCAUUUCCUCACGGAUUUUACCCUUUUGAAUCAAACGGAUUUGCUCCAUGAAGUGGAAAACGCUCUCGGAUCCAUCCAGGAGAGUGUAGCUGAAACGGCCAAAGAAUAUUUCCAAAGGUUCAGACGAUCGACCCACGUAACACCGAGGACCUAUCUGAGCUUCUUGUCCAGUUACAAAAGCGUUUUCGGCAGUAAAACUGCUGAAAUAGGUGGAAUGGCCACCCGGAUUGAGACGGGCCUUGCUAAAUUACAGGAAGCCUCAGAAACGGUUGAGAAGCUCAAGACGGAUCUUGCGGAAAUGGAGAAAGAAUUGGCCCUGGCUUCCGAAACGGCUGAGACGGUCUUAGUUGAAGUGACACAUCGAGCUCGUGAAGCAGAAACUACCAAAAAUCACGUCCAGCUGGCCAAAGAUCGAGCCCAGCGAUUGGUAGAUGUGAUUGCAGCUGACAAGCUGGUGGCUGAACAAAAACUUGAAGCUGCCCGACCAGCUUUGGAAGAAGCAGAAGCCGCUCUUAACACUAUCAAACCUGCUCAUAUUGCUACGGUGCGCAAACUGGGAAGACCGCCUCCCCUUAUUAUGAGAAUUAUGGACGCCGUUUUGAUCCUAUUUCAGCGUAAAAUCCAACCCGUGACUCACGAACCAGCUUUUGGAGGGUUUAAACCGUCAUGGAACGAAUCUCUCAAAAUGAUGGCCAGCACAAAUUUUUUGCAACAGCUGCAGUACUUUCCAAAGGAUACGAUAUCGGAUGAAACUGUGGAACUUCUCGAGCCUUACUUCCGUGACGAAGAGUAUAACAUUGAAACGGCUAAACGAGUAUGCGGUGAUGUGGCGGGUUUACUAUCCUGGUCAAGAGCCAUGGCCUUUUUCUUUACAGUUAACAAAGAAGUAUUACCUCUAAAGGCAAAUUUAGCUUUGCAAGAAGUACGAUUGUCUGCCGCCAUGUCAGAAUUAGCCAAAGCGGAAGAUGUUCUGUCUGAAAAAGAGAAAGCUCUCGAUUUUGUGACAUCCCAAUACGAUUCCGCCAUGGGCGAUAAGAAACGCUUGACGGAAGCGGCUGCAGUUUGCCGAAGGAAGAUGGGCAUCGCGGCUUCACUGAUUAGCGGACUCAGCGGAGAAAAACUUCGCUGGACGUUACAGUGCCGAGCGUUUAAAGAACAAAUUGGCCGCUUAGUGGGUGACGCUAUUCUCGCCACUGCUUUCUUAUCCUAUGCUGGCCCGUUCAAUCAGGAAUUCCGAGCGAAGAUCUUCCAAGCUUGGAAGAAAACGUUAAAAAAUCGAGACAUUCCAUUUACUCCAACUCUAAACGUAACGCAGAUGAUGUCCGACACCGUCCAACAAACAGAGUGGACGUUACAGGGUCUGCCCAGCGAUGACCAUUCAAUUCAGAAUGCUGUGAUUGUAGUCCGUUCGCAUUCGUAUCCAUUGCUCAUUGAUCCACAGGGUCAAGGGAAAAAUUGGAUUAAAGCCAAAGAAGGCAUCAAUGAAUUACAGACGACAUCCCUCAACCACAAGUAUUUCCGUGCCCAUCUCGACGAUGCUUUGUCUCUUGGUCGACCUUUACUAAUCGAAGACGUUGGGGAAGAACUUGAUCCUGUUCUGGAUAACCUUUUGAACAAGAAUUUUAUCCGCGCCGGAUCGAUGGAUAAGGUCAUUAUUGGUGACAAAGAUUGCGAUAUUAUGCCCGGCUUCACACUUUACAUCACUACAAAACUGCCCAAUCCUGCCUACACACCAGAAGUCAGCUCUAAAGUUACUAUGAUUGACUUUACCGUCACUCAACGAGGUCUUGAAGAUCAGCUGCUUGCUCGCGUUGUGUCUACUGAACGGGCUGACCUGGAGGCUGAACGAACCAGUCUGUUCGAAUCGGUUAUGGAGAACAAGCGACUCAUCCAGCAAUUGGAAGAUAAUUUGCUCUUCCGACUGACUUCGACUGCAGGUUCUUUGAUUGACGAUGAAGACCUGUUGCUCGUACUUCACGAUACGAAAAUGACGGCCCAAGAAGUCAACCACAAACUGGCCGUUGCCGCUGAAAUGGAACACAAAAUCAACACAGCCCGCGAAGAAUUCCGUCCCGUGGCCACUCGGGGUUCAAUCCUAUAUUUCUUGAUCGUUGAAAUGUCACAUGUCAACGUCAUGUACCAGACGAGUUUAAAGCAGUUCCUCCAUCUUUUCGAUGGGUCCCUAGCCAAAGCCAUGAGGACGCCCAACAUCCUUGAGAGGGUCAGUUCGGUGCUCUCGACGCUGAACCGCGAAGUGUGGGGUUAUACUUUACGAGGCCUUUACGAACAACAUCAGUUUCUUUUUACACUUCUGAUGGCAAUCAAAAUUGACCUGCACAACGGUGCGAUUAGUCACGCCGAAUUUAUGAAGUUGAUCAAAGGCGGAGCAUCGCUGGAUCUCAAUACAGCUCCGCCUAAACCUUACAAGUGGAUCUUGGAUGCUGUUUGGCUCAAUUUGGUCGAACUGAGUACACUCCACCCGUUUACGGAUCUCCUACAACAAAUUCACGAGAACGAACGUGAAUGGCGAUCCUGGGUGGAAAAAGAACGGCCAGAACAGGAAGAAAUUCCUUGCGGUUACUCCAAAUCGUUAAAUAUGGUCGCGUUCCGGAAGUUACUACUCAUUCGUUCGUGGUGUCCCGACCGGAUGUUACAGUCGGCUCAGAACUACGUCAUCCAUUCAUUAGGACAACAAUUCAUCGACGCUCCUCUACUCGAUUUGGAAGCCAUGUGGGCGGAAUCGGAACCCCGAAUUCCACUGAUUUGCAUUUUAACCACUUGCUCCGAUCCUUCGCAGAAGAUUGAACAUUUAGCUCGUCAAAGAGAGCACGAGAUCAAAGCGCUCUCUAUGGGCCAGGGCCAAGAGAUUCACGCACGACGUCUGCUAGCUGAAUGUAUGUCCACAGGGCACUGGCUCCUCCUUCAGAAUUGCCACCUUAAUUUAGCAUUUUGUCACGAACUCCUCGAGUCGCUGAUGGAAGGCGAUGUCCAUCCGCAAUUCCGUUUAUGGGUCACUACUGAAGUUCAUCCGCUGUUCCCGAUUAGUCUACUACAAACUGCUAUCAAGUUUACGAACGAGCCGCCGCAAGGAAUCCGAGCUUCGAUGAAACGAACAUUUACCGACGUCCCGCAGGAUCUUUUGGACUAUUCGCCGUCACCCGCUUGGCCGACGCUUGUUUACACUGUAGCUUUCUUGCACACUGUGCUGCUGGAACGUCGUAAAUACGGCCCUCUUGGUUGGAACACAAUCUACGAAUUUAACCAGUCGGAUUUGAUCGGAGCUAUUCAGUGCGUUCAGAAUCAUUUGGACGAUAUGGAUCCAAGGAAGGGUAUCUCUUGGCCGACAAUCUGUUUUAUGGUGGGAGAAGCCCAGUACGGUGGCCGAGUGACGGAUGAUUUUGAUAAGCGUUUGCUGCUCACAUUCACUUCGCUGUGGUUCAGCGAUCGAAUACUCGCUCCAGGUUUCGAAUUCUAUCAAAAUUACACAUUGCCUACCGGUGUGCAAGCUAAAAGCAUUGCCGGAUGCUUGGAUCACGUUGCAAACUUACCAGCUACAGAUUCGCCUCUCAUUUUGGGACUGGAUGCCAAUGCUGAAAUUACUUACCAAAUGAACAGAGCGCAAGCCAUCUUGGAUACGAUUCUGUCCAUUCAGCCGAAAGAAGGCGGAAAUAUCCGUGGAAGUGAUACGAGAGAAUCAGUAGUCUAUCGAUUGGCGGAUGAUAUGCUGGAGAAGAUGCCGAGGAACUAUGUUGAUCAUGAAGUGAGAGAAUCACUCAGUCGAAUGGGUCCUUUAUUGCCAAUGGCUAUUUUCCUUCGGCAAGAAAUUGAUCGAAUGCAGCGAGUCAUCUUAACGGUACGCAAAGUGUUGUUGGAUUUAAAACUAGCCAUUGAGGGAACGAUUAUCAUGUCACCACAUCUUCUUCAAGCAAUGGAUGCCAUGUACGAUGCGAGAGUGCCGGAAGCGUGGAAAGGAGUUUCUUGGGAGAGUUCCACUUUGGGUUUCUGGUUCACCGAAUUUCUGGAACGUAACACUCAGUUUACAAAGUGGAUAUUCAUGGGAAAGCCAAAAGUAUUUUGGAUAGCGGGAUUUUUUAAUCCGCAAGGCUUCUUGACAGCCAUGCGACAGGAAGUAACACGAGCUCAUCGAGGUUGGGCCCUCGACUCGGUUGUCUUGCAAAGUGUGAUAACUAGACUGAGUAAAGAAGAAGUGACGGACCAUCCUGCUGAAGGUGUUUACAUUCACGGAAUGUACCUUGAAGGGGCAUCACUAGACCGCAAGACGGGAAAGCUAGUGGAAACGAAAGGCAAAAUCCUCUACGAGCCUAUGCCAGUCAUUUACGUCUACGCCAUCAAUUCGACAGCUGGCAAAGAUCCAAAAUCUUAUGAAUGUCCAAUCUACCGCAAGCCUAUUCGUUCCACCAGCACUUACAUCGGUUCCAUCGAUCUGGAAACGGACGUCAAUCCGAAACAUUGGACAUUGCGAGGCGUGGCCCUCUUGUGUGAUAUCAAAUAACGCCUCUGUGUUAUGUACCACGACGGAAGUAGUGAAUGUCUCUGUAGCUGUCCACGAUCUGUUACAACAGAGCAAGUUGUGUACACA